AUGCUUGCUUUGCCGCUAGAGGCGCUGCACGUUCUGCUGCUGCUGGAGAAGCCAGUGAAAGCCGCAGCAAAUCCACAGCAGCAGCAGCAGCAGCAGCAGCGGGAACUCCCCGCCACCUUGCAGGAGCUGCUGUCUCAUGAAGAGCAGCAGCUGUUGUUGCAGAGCCCUCUGCAGCAGCAGCAGCAGCAGGAGCUGCUGCUGCCGCAACGCUACCACAAUGGAGGUCUGCUCACUUUACCGGAGCAGCAGCAGCAGCAGCAGCAGCAGCAACUGCUGCAGCAGCAAGAGAUGCGGCAGCAGCCACAUGAUCCCGAACUGCCGCUGCUGCAGAAAAUCGACGCGCGAGUUGCUGCAGCCUCAACAAAGGGAAACCAGAGGCAAGCAGCAACAGCAGCAGCAACAGCAGCAGCAGCAGCAGCAGCAGCAGCAGAAGCAUGA